CCGGUCUCCCUGGCGAUGACGUUACACGCUGACGCGGGCCUUGCGUCAACAUGGCGGCUGUCUGAGGCUUUGACACCUGUCCGCCCGGUAGAAAUUUCCAGCAAGUUGACGGAGAAGCGGCACCGCGAGCACGAAUCCCCCCCGCCGGGGGGAAGACAGGCCCACCCGCGCGCGCCCGCCGUCGCCACCAUCAUGCUGGUCACCGUAAAAACGCUGCAGCAGCAAACAUUCAAAAUCGAGAUCGACGCCGAGCAAACGGUACAAGUCCUGAAAGAACGUAUUGAAGCAGAGAAGGGCGUUAAUUUCCCUGUUGCUUGUCAGAAGCUGAUAUAUGCUGGGAAGAUUUUAAACAAUGAUAUUCAACUCAAGGAAUACAAGAUUGAUGAGAAGAAUUUUGUUGUUGUUAUGGUCACAAAGCCUAAAGUUGCCUCGGCAGAAGUGGGAUCUACUUCUACAGUUGGGUUGUCGUCCACCCAGUCACAGUCAGAAGGAGAUAAUCAGAAUACAGAUGAAGGAAGCCAAGCCCAAACUAUAACCAGCUCUGUUUCUAUAUCCAGUUCAAUGCCUUCUUCUGGGAGUGACAUUCUCUCUGCUCAUUCUGUCACUGAUCUACUCCCUACGCAAGUAUCAAUGAUCGAUUUACUCUCAGAGCCAAGUUUGCAGAAUGAAAUGCCCGAGGAUCUGCCCCAUAACAAUGGUAUAAUGACAUCAGUGAGCAGCCCAGCCUACGAGACCAUGGUGUCUGAAAUCAUAUCGAUGGGUUAUGAGCGUGAGCAGGUGGUGGCAGCAUUAAGAGCAAGCUUCAAUAACCCACACAGGGCAGUGGAAUACCUGCUGACGGGUCUGCCUGAUAGUCCAAUGGGUCCAGAGCAGGAGAGUACAACACCUCAAGAUAGUCCUGGAUCUGCUCAAGAAUACAAUCCAGAAACACUAGGUGAGAGCCCUCUGGAGUUCCUUCACGAUUUACCUCAGUUUCAGAACAUGAGACAGGUACUUCAACAGAACCCAUCGAUGUUGCCGGCCCUUCUCCAGCAACUGGGGAGAGAAAACCCACAACUAUUGCAGCAAAUCAGCCAACAUCAGGAACAGUUCAUCCAGAUGUUAAACGAGCCCAUGGAGGAACCUGGGGAGAUUGAAGAGGAGAUGGGAGCGGUUGGAGAGGACACAUCACAAGCAAACUACAUUCAGGUCACACCCCAAGAAAAGGAAGCCAUCGAACGGUUGAAAGCCUUGGGAUUUCCCGAAGGAUUGGUCAUCCAAGCGUAUUUUGCCUGUGAGAAGAAUGAAAACCUGGCAGCAAACUUCUUGCUACAGCAGAACUUUGAUGACGAAUAAAGAACAGGAAAGAAACUCGUAAUCAGAAAUAUCUCGGGCACACGUUAAUGUACUCUCCAAGUUUGUAAGCCAGCUUUAACAAAUUAAAGCUUUCAUUUGGUUCUGUAUGUGAAUAAUGAGAUAGAGAUUGUACAAGACAGUUUAUGUGGUGGCUAGAGAUGCAACUGAUUUUAACAUGCAAUGCUGCAAUUGGAGUAGAAAUGAAGGUGGUUAGCUUCAAUAUUAACACAAAAGAAAAGUGUAAAUACAAUUUGUUUACUUGGUUUAAAAAGAUCAAUUGGUUUUAACCUGAUACAAUACACAAAAACAAGAGUCAGUACUGACUUCCUGAAGGGUGUCUCCAUUUGUGAUAUUCAGAACACUAGUCACUGACUAAUGGGGUCUAAAAGUUCCAGAGAAACAGGUAUAGUCAUAGUUUUCUGCCUCUCCAUAAUUGCCAUGUGUGUGUGUGCGUGUGUGUGUGUGUGUGUGUGUGUGUGUGUGUGUGUGUGUGUGUGUGUGUGUGUGUGUUGUGUGUGUGUGUGUG